AUAUUAACGAAAAACACUGACCAAUCAGAGCGCGAGGAUGCCGAUGGAGCGGUCGCAGUAGCGUAUGAGCGCGGCCGCCUAGCGCGUAGCCUACGCUCAACCGGCAUAUUCGCGCUCUAAUUGGUGGAGGUUUCUGUUAAUAUCUUCUUAAGGAAGCCUCGGACAACAUUUUCGCUAAGGAAAAAGUUGUUUCAAAUCACCUCCCGAACCACCCCUUUCAAGGUGUUACAACAGUUUUGGGACACCCUGUAUACAUAUACAGCUUAACAGAUUCACACAGAAGAGUAUACUGUUUACAAAACGAUUUUCUUUACGUUCAAUAAAUGCCAAGGUAUUGCCAAGUAAUGCAAUUUAAAUGAACUUUUUCAGCACGCGCUUUUUCAUAAGACCUAGCGAUUAAAAAAAAAAAAAAUUUCAAUUUCCGUAAAAUUCAAUUGAAUUAAUAUUUCUAUCGCUUUACUGAACAAGGGAACUACUAAACUCUCUAAACUAGAGAAUUUUGUAAGAAUCGUGGCUUUUCGUAUGAAAAACCAAAAUUUUGUGUUUAUCCAGAACAAUAAGCCCCACAUUUUAAAUGUAACGAAACGACGUUUCAUUUAUCAAAACGAAGCGAUACUUAUUCGCGAUUGAAAGAGAUAGAAAGGUAGGACUGCCGAUACAAUUGCACAGAUUGCACAAAUGGGACAAAAGUUAAUUGAAAUACUUGGAUCAGAGGUUCGUGAAGAAAUGACAGUGUUCCGCCUUUUCAAGCGUUAACAUUAAUACAGUGUGUUCUAUUAAUACAUCACGUCUCGCAAAAAAGGGAAAAGGAAAGGAAUCGUAUGAGGAUUCCUCGUUGACGGUUAGAAAUUGACCGAACCGAGUGCGUCGUGAUUGUUACCUUAGCAUUCGGGGCGAGCAGCAGAAAUGGAAGGGACAGGAUUUCGUCCAGUCGACUAGAGGGAAAUGGGCCAAUCACAGCGUAGCAACGGUCGGUGAAUCGGGAGAGUUCGGGCACGACGAGGUAACCACGGUCACUGCGUGAAACUUUCGCAAUUCGCUUCGGUUCGUCCAGUGGAGAAGGAACGUUCGUCGUGCGAUAUUAUUCCCCGCUGCAGUUUAUAUCCGUUGUAUAUAGGCCGCGUUGAAUAAAUUCGCGAUUCUCUUUUCCUCAAAUGUCUACGGUGGCACAGGAUUCCGUGGCGUCUCUUUGCGGAAACAUGCGAGUGAUACAUCGAGUUUCGACGAAGCCUGUGCGUGACAGUGCUGUCUGACAGUUUAACGCUUCCCCCUGACAACAAAACGACCCCUUUUGGAAACAUUUUUACAACACGUUCCAAAGAUUUACGGACCGUGAAUCGACUGGAUUCCAAUCUGUACAAAUGGAUUGAACGAUCUCGAGGCUCCAAGGAUUUCGUUUGGGAUUGUGUCACGUGUAUUAUACAUGAAUGGUUGGAGAUUCGCCAGACAUCGUUGGAGAAGGAUCGGUCUCAGAUCAGGGAGACGUAGAAAGAUGGCAGGAUAAUCCGGGUGUGGUGGCCUUGAGUUUCGCGCUUUUUGGCUGCUUCCUGCUAAAUGUCAUUCUUCUACUCGCAUUCCUCGUGCGUCCUUCGUUGAGGACCAUUUCCAACAGGUUCGUCAUGAAUCUGACCGUAUCGAACCUGUUGGUGUGCGCCAUCAUGAACCCUCUUCUGAUCAUGGACACCUCGACGCCAUCGGGAUCCGCGCAAAUAGUCCGAUCGGCGCCGGUUGGAAGUAUUUGCGCGAUAUCUGAAGGCGCCAUCGCCGUCGUAACGACCUCCUCGGUGCUCUCGGUUCUCUUGAUUGCCAUUGACCAGUACUUCGCCGUGGUGGAUCCAUUGAGAUACCGAGCACGCGUAGACAAACUGAAAUGUGGAAUUCUGAUAAUGUCCACCUGGCUGAUCUCGAUCAUCUUCGGGCUACUCGCCUUCUUCAACCCAGAUCCACGAGGCUUUUGGCUUUCCUGCGGCUCGAGGAACGUCACCUGGUCCCCGAACGUGACCUCCUACGAUCCAGCGAUGACGGAGUCGUCCUCGCUCUCCGUUCUAGAAAGCGAGAUCGCAGAGCUGAACGUCAGCGGACUCCCUGAAAUAUUGGAGACGGUCGAGUCCAUCAGGAUCGAUGACGAUCUAGAUCUCAUAGAGAACACCACCGUAAUCUUCGACACUCUGAUAGGCGGUACGAUCACUUACGGUUUCGUCUACGCCCUCCUCUACGCCAUAUUCGCCUACUUCAUCCCCUUCGCCGCAGUCUGUUGGAUCUACGUCAGCAUCUACGCGGCAGCCCACCGAAACUCCGAAAGAGCAAGACGCAGCGGUUCCAGGCCCAUCCUGUCGUCUGCUAGUUUCAGCGAGGAACAUAACGGCUUGUCGAGGCUGCAACGUCUUCAAACUGACACCAUCGAAGACUUCCGCAAGCUACCAAAAAUCUCCAGCUUGUCAUCCAUAGACGAAACCAGCGAGACCAUGCAACCGACUGGCCAGGUGUCACGAAAACGUUCCUUCUCGUCGUCGAUGGAGUUGGAGGUGCCUCUUUCCCCCGGCGACGAUCAGGCUUCCUCGGGUAUAGUCUUCACGGUGGGUUUGCAGAAGUUGGAGGUUUCCGAAGAGAAAGAUCGAGAAAGUUUGAAAGCUAGUCACGACUCCAUUCUCGAAGGUCUUGUUGGAAAGUCGCCUCAGGGUCGGUCCAAUCAGGAGCAAACCUCGCCUCAGGAUGGUCUUACGUCCGAGAGAGGGGACACCUGGCUCUCUAGGACCUUCGAAGAAGCUAGUGAUUCGGAAGACGAUGCUCGAUUCGUUUGCUUCCACACCUUGGACGUUCUGGAUAAAAGAAUGUUUCUGAUUAAUAGAAAAGUUUCUCCGUCUUUUGGCGGUUACCAGUCGUCCUUGAAGAAUCCUCUAAAAGUCGCUGCGAUCAUUGAAGAAGGCGACAAAGCAAGCGAAGCAAAGGUAGACCUCGAGCCAAAGGAGUCAGAGGUAGCAACGGAUGAAGCUUGCGCCGAUGAUCGCGCCUCCGACUACCUGGUACAGGUCGAAAUGGACCUAGAAAGCCAGGAUGGACAGUCGAGAAUAUUUCAGGGUCUUUUAGAAGACAAGUCGCAAGACGUUAUUAUAUCUAACGAACCCGAGAAUUUAAGUAACAACAAGACUGAAAGAGAUACAACCGCUGCCAGCAACGCAGCAGAGCCUUCUACUGGUCUCUUAACGCCAAUAGUGACCAUCACGCCAGCGCCAAACAAAAACGAAGGCCUGCACCGCGUGUCGAGCGUCAGGAGCACGUCGAGCUACAUAAGUACUCUGAAGGAUAGAAUAAGCAAUGGGUCGAUUUUUCGACACAGAGAGGAAACCAGAGCGGCCAGAAUAAGCGCUUUGGUUAUAGUGAUGGGUCUAAUCUGCUGGUCGCCGUAUGUGAUACUGUUGAUACUGAAGAAUCUACCUCAAGCAGCUGACCAACGUUUGUCUCACAAGUACGACGUGAUGGCGUCCAGUUUCUUAGUUCUGGCUGCUUACGUUAGCCCGUUGCUGUUCGGUUAUCGCUCUAAACGCGUUAAACGGGAGCUCAGGAGAUUCUUCUGCUUCAGAAGGGAGCUGUCCUACAAAAACAACAGGAGCUUAAUGGCGAAGAAAGUGCUGAAGAGGAGGCACAGCAGCACGCUGAGUCACCUCGAGAUGGAUCACAAGUACAACAUCUUUAAUUGCGUUUAUGGAAGGAACCGGUGGCCGAAAGAAAAAGUUCAGUUUGUUCAAGUGCCAGACACUGCGCUGGCUGUCGAGACUUGCAGGAGUAGCUUCUCCAGCGGUGCUAGCACUCAAAUCUCCAGCACCUCCACGGAGGAAUGUUGAUGAUGUUCCUGAUACCUCUGUUGAUUAUUGUUCGGGAUACUUAAUAGAGUCGAUAGUUUCUUCGGAUCAGUCGUAGUCGCUGCUACACAUUUGUUACUCACAAGGAGAGGUCUGAUGUUGAUUUUUUGAUUACCUUGUGCACAGUGGUAGAUGAUGAAUAAACUGUGGAUCUUGAUGCAUUUAUAGGAAAUUUGAAUGCGCGAAACUACAGAAUGCACACAAUCUGCAAGAAUAUAAAGAAAUAUUUAAAGUAAAGUUCAUAUUACAAUAUUUGCAGAGUAAAAUAAAUUCUGAAUCAGUAUCAAUUUUUGUAGGUACGUUAGUAAAGUCAGCAUUACCUUUCAAGACCUCUGCUUGUUAAACAGACCGUGUACGUAAGGGUGCGAAUGUUGAUUGUCUGAAGAUAUAAUGUUUGAAAGGAUCGAAGCAAGAAUGCUGUGCAACGAACCAAUGAGAUACAUGAUAACACUUGACAGGAAACUUAUUUAUGGAUAUAUGAAGUUUCCUAUGAAUGACGUUGCGUAGAUAGAGUGAGUCAUUCUGGUUCCAUUCUGUGGCUUGAGAUUGUCUGCAAACAUAAUAUUUAGAAAGUUAAGGCAAGAAUGCAGUGCAACCUACCAAUGAGAUAAAUGUUGGUACUCCAUAGGAAAGAAUGUGUGUACAACACACUUGCAUGAAACUUCCCAGGCAUAAAUGGGCCUGAACCAUUUUGAUUUCAAAAUGGCCUAAUUAAUUGAAAUUAUAUAAACAAAUCUAUGGUUUUCCAACAUAGUUAUAUGUUACUUAACUGUCUUAAUUGUCUAACUAUGUAACUGAACUUGACUUAUCUAAGACAUACGUAAAUUUUAAGUUACUCUGUGUUAACAUAAUCAGACUAGGAGAUUUAUACAAUUUGUCAAUAUAGACGACGCUGCACUGAAGAUAUAGAUUUUACGUUUAUGUAAGCGACAAACUUUGAUACUUUAUACCGUGGCAUUUAUGGAAUACGUGCGUUAUACACAAUUUCUGUACAUCUAUACAGAAUGUUUUAUAGCCCUCGAGCUAAGAUAUCUUUCAUUUUUAAGAUAUUCCGAAAGCUUCGUUCUUAAACUAUUUAAUUUUAAUGUUACAUUUAACGCAGUUUCUGCUACGGUGCUCAAUAUUUAACGAAACAUAAACAGAAACUUAAACGGUAUUACUGCAGCUCGGUACAUUGACCAUAAUUUUUUUUUUUUUAUAUUCUACUUUCUUGUAACUGCAGCUCUAAAGCAAUCAACGCAACUAUUAGAAUUUACACGACUUAACAUAACAUCUGGCUGAACUAUUUAUUGAUAGAUCUGUCAAAGUAUUUUCGCAAGUAUAACUAUGUAAAUAAGUACACAGCGUUGCAUGACAAAUCUUAACGCGAAUCUUUGAAGUGUUUCAAGGAUGCUUUCCCACUAUUUUGUACAUUACAAAUACAGUAUCUUUAUUUAUAUUAAAUAAUCUGUACAUACAACGUGAUUUGAUGAUGAAUCUUGGUAACGAAUCUAUUGUCUAUCGUAUAUUACAUAGCUGGUGCGUCGCGUGUUUGUGUGUGUGGAUCUGUAUAUGUGUGUGUUUUAACAUGUAUUUUGCGUACCUGUAUAAGACACGUAUACAUGUAUAUUUCAGUAGGCUGUUUUUAUUAUACAAUAAUAAUAAAAUCAACUACAUACUUGUCA